AUGUGUGCUCAACGAACAAUACAUAGUAACAGUACUUCAAAAUAUGGUCUCAUACUUCUUGGAAAUACGGGCGUUGGUAAAUCAUUUAUUGGCAAUGUUGUUCUUGGUCGAGAUGUUUUUGAACAUGACUGUAGCGCGUCAAGUGUAACACAUGAAACAGAAUUUGAAGAUUAUGCUAUUGGUAAUGGAUCGUUUGCUGUAUUCAACAUUCCAGGCCUCAUCGAAGCUGAACAAGAAGCUGUCGAUCGAAAUAAAACUGAGAUUUACAAAGCAUUUCAACAACGACCUAACUCUGUCGUUGCUUUUGUUUUUAACGGUGGUUCUGGCGGACGUAUUCGUGAUGAAGAUGUUGUGGCUUUCAAGGCUAUAAACGAUGUUUAUCAUUUUGAACCGGAAGCAUUACUGUUGAUUAUUAACGAUCUACCCCAUGAUCGUUCACCUAAAUACGAAGGUGGAACAGCUAUGAAGAAUCCAGGACGAUGGUUACCACGAUCCUAA